AUGAUUGAACCCCAAACGAUCAAAGGAGCGAUCGAGCGACAAAUUCAGCAAAAUAAUGCCCAAAAGACCAGUCAUCUAUCCGAGGCUUCCUUCUUCGUCGCUGACCUGAGUGAAGUCAUUACCAAAUAUAACCUCUGGCAAAAGACUCUCCCAGGGGUGACACCAUUUUUCGAGGCUAACAUCCAGCCCCAAACAGCUGUCAAGAGCAACAAUGAUCGACAGUUACUCCAGACGCUUUCCCAGUGCGGCGCCGGCUUCGACUGCGCCUCAGCCGAGGAAAUUGAAUUGGUUCUCUCUCUCGGGGUGCCGGCGAAGCGCAUCAUCUACACGCACCCCUGCAAGCCCAUCAGUUCCAUCGAGUUCUGUCGCCGGGCCAGCAUUGAGCUCAUAACCUUUGACAAUGUCGAGGAGCUCCAGAAGAUGAAAGACCACUAUCCGGAGGCCCGGCUGAUGCUGCGAGUCUUCGCCGACGACCACACGGGCGUCGAUCCCCUGGGCAGCAAGUUCGGCGUCGCCACCCAAGAUGCUCCCAGCCUUCUCACGACUAUCAAAGCACUGCAAUUGAACUUUGAGGGAGUGAGCUUCCAUGUUGCCCCGACCAACGCCGACCCAGCCGGCUACGUGCGCGCAAUUCAAGACGCAGCCAAAGUAUUCAAAGAUGCACGGGGCCUGGGGCUGCAGCCUAACACCCUCGAUAUCGGCGGCGGGUACACGGACGAAACAUUCCCGCACAUCGCCGCCGAAGCAAAGCGGACGCUGGACGAGUGUUUCGGCAACGGGUCGAUCAUCCCACGACCGCAACUUAUCGCCGAGCCCGGGACACUGCUCUCGUGCAGUUCCUUCCAUCUAGCGGUGCAGGUCAUCGCGCGCCGCACGAAUGCGACGGGUUUUGGCGGCGAGGCGCCUACCCGCCUCUACAUCAAUGACGGCAUUUACAGUAACUUCAUGAUGCGCUUCAUCGUCACCUCGAGCUUUGUACCCGUGGCAGUUAUCCGCGAUGGCAAGUGGCACGAUGAGAACGCUCAGGGUACUUUGGAGUGCUCGGUCUGGGGCCGCUCCUGUGACCAGAACGACUGCAUCAAUAGCCGGUGUAUGUUCAGUCAGGAGGUCAGGACGGGCGAUUGGUUGGUUUUCAAGGAUAUGGGAGCGUACACUACCGUCUGUUCAACCACCUUUAACGGAUUCACUAGUCCCAACCACGUCAUUUACCUGGACGCUCCGUUGAAUUAG